AUGGCUACACAUCAACGCGCUAAACGAGCGCGAUCCAAUACUACUGGCGAUGCCCACAUCAAUGAGACAGCACCGCCACCAGAAGAGAUUUCCCGCCGCAUCAAGCACCUCAAUCCAGACACUGUCGACAAUAUUCUCACGCAAGCAGCGCAAAUCCAUCCCGACGUUAUGAGCAUGGUGGACGAUGCCAUUCGCGUCAUCCGGGAGAAAGAGCAAAAUCGCGUUCCCAGCUUCGACCAUUAUUCGAGUUCAGUCUGGAAAUCGAUUAAUGUCACUUAUCGCUCCAUGCGCGGUGGAGCACAGUACGAUAUCUCGUUCGAGGUGGCCCAGGAGGUCGUUGAUACCAUCAAAUUGAUCACGGAACAGUGUGGACCACUCACGAACCCUCGAACACGCUUCAAUGGGCUCUCUGUUCUACGCAAAAUUGGCAAGACAAUUGCUCUUUCUUCCAACGAUACAGUGGGCCAUGAAGUACAAAGCUAUUUCCAAUGGGAUACCUGUCUUGUGACAGGGAUGUUGGAAAUCCUCGAUUCUAUGACUGCGGAUGAAGUCCGAGCGAUCAGAGAGGACGAGUCGAGUCCAGAGGCAUUGUGGCCAAAGUUACAGGAAUUGGAAGAGCUGUCCCAUGAUUAUUGUAUUCAUCCUGGACUAGCAGACGUGUUGAAACGGGUGGACCCCGAUGGCUAUGAGGAUGAAGAAUGGGACGAAGAGGAAUAUGAAGCGGAAUAUGAAGAGGGCGAUGAAGAGGGAUACGAGGUCGAGGAGAACGAGGUCGAGGAGACCGACGAAGCACAGCCAUGA